GGACUCCGCUUUUGAGAUUCGAUUGAGGAGUAUCAUGGCGGGUAAUGGUCAGGCCCCGGCUAAUGGGUACAACAAUUGCUUUAAUCGUGGAGAACCUGGACACUUCUCCAGAUGGUGUCUGAAGCGCGGGCAGCGCCCUGUUGGUAACGCGAUCGUUCCAGUCCAAGCUCCAGCCCAAGCUCCUUUACUGACGUUACCAUCUACUUCUGGUGAGACUCCGGUUGUGACGACUAACCAACAUUUUAAUAGAGGUGGCGGAUGGGUGCGAACCAAUCAACGUGUUGAAGUCCUUGAAGGAACGGUGGCGAUGCUGAAGAAUCAGCAUGACGCGGAAGAAGAAAAAGAACGAGCGAAGAAAGAGGAGGAAGAGAAGCUAAAACGAGAACGCAGUGAGGAAGAACGAAGACAACGUGAUAAGAAGGAGAGGGAGGAUUUCCAGACGAAUCUGGUUGAACUGAUGAAUUCGAAAUUGAAUUUGGUGGUUGAGAAAUUAGGAGGAAACAAAGGUGUACAGAAAGAGAAAAGUGAAUUGGAGAUUAUGAAGACGCAGUUGGCGGAAUUACAGAGGACGAAGACGCAGUUGGCGGAAUUACAGAGGACGAAGACGCAGUUGGCGGAAUUACAGAGGACGAAGACGACAGCGGGAUCUAGCCGGGACGACCCUGGUCUGGUGGAGAGGUUGCUACAAGAGCAGGAUGAAUUACGGAAGAGGCUAUUAAACAACAAUGAGAAGUCCGAAAGGCGUUUGGUUGCUUUGGAAGAAAGGCUAUUGCAAAAGGAGAAGGAGAAGGAGGACAUGGCAAAGGAAUUGGAAAGUUGGAAGCAGGAGGCUCUGCGGCUGGGAAAUAAACGGGGACAUGUUGUCGUAAGUACGCCGACCAGCGAUGCACGGGUUCGACCUAGGGUGACGUCGCGCUCUCCAGCGGUUAUCAGAUCAGAACAGUAUCGAGAGAUGUGCCAACGUAAUGCUGCGGAAGUGGAGCUUCUUAAGGAAAUGCGUUUGAAAGAAUUGAACAGGAGGAGGGAAGCUGAACAGGAACUCGAGAAGUAUAAGGAAAUGGUUGCAAGAGCUGAAGCAGAGAAGAUAAAGACACCUGUCCCUCCCCUUGCCACUGAUUUGCGGGCGAAGCUUGAUGCGGUGGCCGAGAAGAGCAUGAUGAAGAGCAACGGAAGAAAGGUUACCGAAGAGACAGAGCAGGUGAACGACAAAGACAUGUUUGUGAAGGAAAAUCGAAAGGAGUUGCGGAAGAAAAACAAGGAUGAAAUUACGAGCAUCUGUCGCAAGGAAGGUGUCACAUAUACCACUUUGGAAGCGACUAAGGAGUUGAUCGUGCAACGAAGGGCUGAAAGAGCCUUUGAGGGAGAAACGAGUGGGAAAGGAAAGGAGGUUAUGGUGGAGGUUUACGAGGACCAUGAGACGGGAAAACAAAUCGGCUCCAAGGUUGACGGGUGUGACUCCGCUUCGUCUUAGGGUCACAACCGAGUGCGGCUUAUCUAUGGCAACUGGCGAAUUGUUGUCGUUCUCUGCGUUCGUACUCUGCUGAUCUCCUGCGGUGUUCCUUGGUUGACGAAACUACUUGGUUUCCUUGUAAG